AGAAGUGCGCCUUGAUAAAAGGAUUUAAAUUUUUGACAGUUGUGGUGUAGUGGUUGUUAUUGUUUUGAUUAAGACAUGUGAUCUUUCGUCAUUGUUUUCCUUAGCAAAUAGUUGCUUGUGGCACUGGUAUCACGGAUCAUUUUGGCGUUAUUCUCAGAAUAUAUAUUUUUUGUGUGAUCAAGGUACAAAACAUAUGAAUAAUAGAGGAAAUUCAAGAGCUUGCAUGUUCUGGAGGUAGGAAGUGAAGCUUGCAGCGCACUGCUCCUACAAUGUCUGCGAGGAAUACAUCCCGACUGGAAGAUUACCAGGUGCUUGGCAUCAUUGGGACGGGAACAUUCGGGACAUGCUACAAGGUGCAGAACAAGUUGACUGGUCAAGUUGUUGUCUGGAAGGCUGUCAAGUACGGGGCCAUGAAGGAAGACCAGAAGAAGUUGUUGGUGUCGGAGGUGAAUCUCCUGAGCCAGCUGCGGCAUCCAAACAUAGUGCGCUACUAUGACCGUAUCAUUGACAAGCCAACCACCACCCUGUAUAUUGUCAUGGAAUACUGUGAGGGUGGAGAUAUCUCCACUGUCAUCAAACGCUGCAAAAGCUGCGGUGGCCUGGUGAUGGAAGCAUUCGUGUGGCACGUGCUGUAUCAGACGGCGCGGGCCCUGCAGGCCUGCCACUGGCACGUGGCGGCCACCAUCCUGCACCGCGACAUCAAGCCCGCCAACGUCUUCCUCGACUGCUGCUACAACAUCAAGCUGGGGGACUUUGGCCUGGCGCGCGUGCUGGAGCACACUUACGGCACUGCCCACACCCUCGUGGGGACACCUUCCUACAUGAGCCCAGAAGUUAUGAGAGGCAGCAAGUACAACAAGAUGUCGGACAUGUGGGCACUGGGAUGUCUGGUUUACGAGCUGUGUGCCCUCGCCCCGCCCUUCAACGGAAACAACAUGAGAAACCUGGCUCGAAAAAUUGUGGAUGGCAGGUUCGAAAGAAUUCCUACAUACUACAGUGAAGACCUACAAAACAUCAUCACGCUGCUUCUCAACGUCGACCAGGAGAAACGACCUGCCGUUGAAGACAUCCUUCAACAUCCCAUCGUGGUGUCUCAGGUUGCAGCCAACAAAUUUGCUUCGCUGGAUUUCAAAAGUGCCGGGGGCGGGGUCUCUGGUGCCAAAUGUGCUGCCAUGCCAGAGCCCGUGGUAACGGCGGUGGAGCGACCCACCGACGAUUGUGCGGGAGAUGCGAACACUCACCUCUGUCGAGAGAUGUGGCUGAACAGGAUGGAGAGCCUGAAGCAGAGGGAGUCUGCACUGAGGGCGAGAGAGGUGGCGCUGGUGGAGAGGGAGCGCGAAGCAGAGAAGCGGGAGAAGCGGGCGGCCAUGCUGGACCGCCUGGCCAGGGAGAAGGUGGCCAGGGCGGACGUCUACCUGCACCAGUGUCGCGGGGCCCGGUCGCUGGCCAGCAGCGUCCGGGGCCCCCAGCCGAGGACCAGCUUUGCGGAAGAGGACCUGGACUCGUCCUUCAGUGCGGACCCGGGAGACGCGAGCGCGGACGAUGCGGCUGGACGCCUGCCGUUCGCUCGGUCCGCGUCGGAGAGGAGGGUGCACUUCACCCUCCCGGCGGCGAGGGCCAAGAGGUGGGACGCUGGCUCGGCUAGUGCAGAGUUGGAGAACGUGGAGAACAGGAUACUGUCCAUGAUGAAUGUUAACAUGCCCACCAUCGAGGAAAAUAGUCGCUUGAACAGCGUCGAGUCUCUUCGGCCUGCUCCAAAAAAUGGUGCUUGGCUUGGGAAAAAGAAGCAAGUUUUCCACAGCAUACGGGACAGCACGAUGAAAGAAAAUGUGUCGACUUGCACAAACCGGCAAGAUAAUUCCCAAAGGUUGCAGUCGUUAAUUCCAAACACAUUCGUAACCUCAGCACAAAACAAAACAGCAUUCGUAUCAAGCCUAAGAUGGUAAUGAAUAUCUGUAUGCAGUUGUUUUUGAUAAUUUGCUAAUGCAAUGUUUACCACAGUGUAAUGAUAUUUUUGCAUUUUUAUAGUGCCUUUUAUGAAAAACACUAGUUCAUUAGUAACUUUGUCAAAUUAAGGCUGUGUUCCAAUUAGUUUGGUACUUUUAAUAUACAUUUUGUAUUUUGUACACUUCCAGUUGGAACACUUCAGUAGCACUUGUUCGCAUCUUGUACUUGUGGUCAGAAAGUACUUUCUGCACAGUCCGCAUACAUUUCUUAAAAAUAAUUAUAAAGUCGUAACACCUUAACUUCCGAAAUAAUCAUUAAUAUUUAUAGCUAAUAUUUGAUUUUAACAUAGCUUAAGUUAUCAAUAUUAUAUUAUUUUUUAAAUAGUAUAAGUAAUAUGACAUUCCAUUAACAACUAUAAUCAAUAUUGUAAUAAUGAAAUAACUUUUAUGUUGCCAAUAAUAUUUUUUUAUUUUAAUGUAACUUAAUUUCUUUAUAUAUUAAGCACAUAUAUGUGGUUGAAUUAUUAUAUCCAUGACUGCCUGGAAUGAUCUUAAUCAUUGCUGCAGGCUGGUGAUUUAAGCAGUAUAGUCUGUCCCAUGAAAAAGCGCACUUUUUCUUGACAGUUUCAUGUACGUUAUUAAGCUGUCAUUAUAUACACUUCCAGUAAAUAAAAUAAAGACGAAAAGAACUUUGUUUUCCAAAUAACUAUGCAAAACAAACCAAGUACCACUAUUUUUCUUAGAAAUGACAUACCGUAUUUACUCGUGUAUAGCGCGCCCUCGUGUAUAGCGCGCACCACGAUUUUUGCAACAAAUUCCAAAGAAAAAAAUUUUUUUUUCCCGUAAAUAAAUUGUACUAACAUUUUGUGGUACCUGUUAAGUAAUUACGUAUGAAACAAAUGAUAAUUUAAAUUGAUGUGUGGUGAUGCGUCAGGAAAAUACUUAAACUCUGCUGUGUAGACGGAAGAUAAUGAAGCGCUGUAUCGUCACAACUGGUACGUGGCCGGGAGGAAGGGAGGCAGGCAGGAAUGUGACACGGAGGACUAGAUGACUCACCGGUAGCAGCUGCAACGAAGCGAAGGAAGUGGGAGGGGGGACUGGUGUCAACAUUCUCUCUCUCUCUCUCUCUCUCUCUCUUUUAUUUUAAUAGCUGCGUUGGCUUUCUGUAGAGGGGGAGGUCUAAAAAUAAACAAGAGACGUGCGAGGUUGCGCGCGCACGUGUGUGUGUGUGUGUGUGUGUGUGUGCUGUGAGCGUGUGUGUGUGUGUGUGUGCGAGAGACCAGGUUGUGUGCGUGCGUGCGUGUGUGUGUGUGUGUGAAAGUGAGGCCUUGCUGCUUGUGCGUAUGUGUGGGGGCUGGCCAGAAAUGUCACCUGUCACCCGGCAGUUAACGACCAGUGGCGUAGCGUGGGUGGGGCGGAGGGGGCGGCCCGCCCCGGGCGGCAGCCCGCGGGGGCGGGUCACCGGUGAAGCGGGUUGAGAUCUGAUCUAUGAUUCAUUCAUUACAUGUGUCAGACACACUAUAAUGUUCCAUUUUUAUCUAAAAUUUUGCGCACCAACUAUUUUUUAAUAUUUAUUUAAAAGAAAAACUGCGAAAUCACUAAUUUUAAUUAAGCACCUAUAGAAUGGGGGCGGCAAAAUGGGUCUCCCGCCCCAGGCGCCGAGAUGGCACGCUGCGCCACUGUUAACGACUUCCACUCCUCCCCAGCCUCACCUCCUCACUUUUUUUUUUCCGUGUAUAGCACGCAUCCUUAUUUUUUUCCUUUACUUGAGGGGAAAAAAGGGCGCGCUAUACACGAGUAUAUACGGUAAUAUUCAACUGUCAACAAGAAUGUAGAUGAAAUUACUGCCGGAAAAGUUCUCUAGAUAUUGUGGGAUAUACUAUAACUAUAGUAACACCUGGCACUUUGAAGUGGUGAAUAAGUUGUGACACAAUUUUUACUUUGCUGUUACAGAACUGUAAUAUGUAUAAUGUUUCUUACAUGUAUUCCUCAGUGAUGGUCAAGUGCUUGGGUAUUUUGAGAUUUCCAUAAAUUUUUCCAAUAAUAAUUGAAAGUAUGUUUGAGUUUUAUAGUAUUGCUGAACAAUUGUGAAACGUCUAUGAGAGUGUAGCGAAACACUUAUUUGAAUAGACUCAGAUUCGUAAUGAUUUAGCAGAGUGCGGAAGAUGUUAGAGACUUGAAUUUCAUGUACUGUAUUUGACAAGCGAAUGCAUUUUUGAAACACGUUGUUUACAGUUCAGACUUCAGGCAUGACGGAUACAUAUCAUUACUGUGCCAAAUAAAAAUUUUAUUUCUUCACGUCUGUCAUAGCAGAAGUCUGAAAUUCUGAACUACAUGUGCGAGAUGGAACUCACCACACAUUUCCAAGAGUCUGCAAGUGAUGGAUGAAUAAUGGAAUAAGUAAUUGAUAGGCAACUAUUAUUAAUUAUGAAAUGCCAAUUAUUGAUGUGGCACUGCAACAUCCCAAUUAAUGGGUUGCUGCGAGAACCUGUUUUCACAAAAGCUAUUUGUUAAUUAGAGAUUGUGCCAUCAGACCCCAAUUAAUUUGUCACAGCGAGACCAACGCCUUAUUAUUUAUUUGUAGUAACAUUAGAAAUCCAGUGUAUUUUUAAGCUUAGAAUUCAUUAUAACCACUUCAUGUUCCUUCCUUGUUAUUCUCUUCCACUCUACAUGCCUGUACUGCAGUCACUUUGAAGUGUAUUUUGUUGGGCAAGAGUCUUAUUAAAUUAUUUAUCUUAUAUUUUAAUAUCUCAUGAUGAGCGGUUGCUUGUAAUAUACUCACGUCCCUUCUCUUCACUUCUGUUGCUUGUUUGGUGUAUCACUGUUUUUGCUUCUUUGAUAUUUUCUUACAAUAAGACAAUCUUUUUUCAGGAAAAGUCCUGCUUUUCUUCUGAGCUCACUUUCUCUGUAUUCUUUUGUAUAUUUUUUUACUAUCAUACCUCCUAUACAUCACUUUCUUAUUUGUUCAUACUGUGCAUGUGUGUAUAAGCGAGUCUGUUGCACAGUAGAGUUUUUGAAAAGUAUUUUAUUUUUUAUUUUUUAGCAUGAUGAUAUUACAUAUUUAAAAAAAACAAAUGAAGGAGGCUAAAGCAUCUGACCUUGAGAAUUACGUAGUCUGUUAUGGUGUAUUUAAAAAUGUUCUUUGACAAGCAUAAGAUAUUAAAGGAGUCAAUACAGUAGAACCCUGUUAUAAUGUUCCUGCAUAUAAUGUUUUUCUGCUUAUAAUGUCAUAUUUUUUAAGUCCCAAUAUUUCCCCCAUAAGGACAAUGUAUUUAUUUCCUGCAUAUAACGUUCAUAAAUAGUGUAAUUUCCUGUUUAUAAUGUUUGCUUUCUAACAUUCAAUAAAUGGGGAAAAAAUGUUUUAAAACCAAAUUAUUCCAACACUUACGAUAAAAAGUUUCCUUUAUGUAUGUUUAUGUUUACAAUCACUGCCAUACAAUACAUGAAGUUUGUUAAAAUACAAUUUUAUGCAAUAUACUGAAGGUACACAAUGUUCAUAGUUACAUGUCAGUUGGCACCCUUAGUCAACUCAUCUCUUCCUUACCAUUCCAGUGGGUAUUCAGAUGCACGUACAUAGUCCUACGAUAUUUAAGUUGCCAACCAUUGAGCGAGGGCAUAACUAAAAGUGUUUUCUAUUGCUUACAAAUAAUUUUUUUUUCAUUCAUACGUAGGAAUCCCAAAAUUAAACAUUUUCAGGUGGCGAUGGAGUAGACGUUCUCACUCUUAAUGUUGUUAUCAUGAAUCGUGAGACAAUUUUACAAAAAAUGUGGCAGUGUAUCUUUAAAGACAAACAAAAUUUAACCAGGGAACAAGAACAAAGUUGAAAAAUUGUUGGCUUGUUUCAGAAAAUUCAUGUAUCAAAUAUACUAUCUUUGGUUUUAACAUUAAAGUUGUUUACAUAGCUUGAUUUGAACAUUGUUAAGUGCUAAAUUGAGAUUUCCUGCUUAUAACGUUUUCCUGCUUAUGUUUUUUUAUUGUGCUCCCUUGAAAAACAUUAUAACAGGGUUCUACUGUACUGUAAUUAUCUGAAUAUUAUGCUAUGAAGUUUACUAAAACUAUGGAAACUAAAAGUGGGGAACACAAUAAUUGCAAACUUAUAUGUAUCUUGCUGUUGAGAAUGGCUUAGUUUAAAAACUAGAAAAACUAGAGGCUCUGCCUCUUAAAUGUGUCACUUAUGCCACUUUAGACUGCUGUUAACUACCACCUGAACCUCCACUUUGUUUAAAAACUACACGCUCUGCCUGUAAACUGGAUCACCUAGGCCACUUUAGUCCGGGGCUUCUUGGACCUCUGCACAGGCGUGACAGAUGAGAGAUGAGAGAUGCAGGACAAGGAGAGAGGCGUUGGUCGCUGGGUUCCUUCUGCUUCUCUUCACUGUGGCUGCUGGGAAGGCACACCCUUCUCUCUCUCUCUCUCUCUCCCCCCCUCCCCCGGUACCAUACAACGACCACCCUAUAUCACCACAAAAAGAGACCACGAAAAUCACUCUACUGAUGAAAGUUGUGCCAGAAAGGUCUAGUAAAUCUGGAAUUAAUUUAGUAAUUUAAAUAAUACUGUAUUCAAGUACUUGAAUUGCUAUUUAUAAUCUAUAGUCUUUUUAUAAAAUAGUUUGUGGAGUCACAUUAUUUUUGGGUAAAUAUGGUUAUUAACAAUCACUUUUGCAAAAGCAUAUGUAUUUAUUAAAUUCUCAUUUUACUGAUAGCAUAAAAGUUUAAAUUUUUUGUUAAGAUUUACUGGAAAAAUGAUUAGAAGAAGGGGGGGGGGGGGGGGUGUAAUGGCCCUAAAUUUAGAAAAUUCCAAAAUUAUAUUUUCUUUAUGGAAUCUUGUGCUUCUGAGGUCGGGUUAUGGUGGAAAGUGUGCCAGUGGUUUGUUAAUGGCAAUAUAGUUACUAUGUAUGAAAAUAUCUGGCCACUCUUCUGGCAUGAUCAAGUGCAUGAUACAGACAUUCCAUCAGCAGGCAGCCCAGGGCCUCAUUAAGGGGGGCCUGCCUGCACUUGCAAAAGCAUGACUGUGAAAUGUGUUUGAUGUCAAAACUAUGUCUCUUAUGGAAAACUUUCUGUAUAUUUUAAAGUUUUCUUCUUAUUGCAUGAAUGUAGGGCAGUGUACAGCAUACGGGCACCACAUCCAAAUAUGACGUGAUGGUUAACCCCACAUGCAACAUUGUCACCCCCCUCUCCUUUCUCAUAAAUUUCCACGACCUCACUUGCGAAUCAUAUAGAUUUGCCCCUGAAGCACCCUAUUACUUAUUUUAAGUUCAUUAUUGUUAUUUAGAUCAUAUAUGUAUUCAUUUUCUUAAUGACUAUCCUAAAAUUUUCAAAAUGACUAUAUCCUAAAAAUUUUGAUUGACUGCAUCCUAAAAUUAGUGAUAGAAAAUUUAUUACAAAUCAUAUUAUUACUGAUAAAAAAAUAGAAGACAAGUAAUAUCAAGCACAACACAUUUUUCAUUUAAAACACCAUGUUUAUUUAUUUGGAAGGUAGGCUGCUGGAAUCGGCAAUCUCACAUAAUAAUUUAAAGUGUGUCUGAUUUAUUAUGGUUUUAGACUUCUUUUAGCAUUUACGUAUUCUAAUGAGCUCUGGUUUCAGAGGUUCUUUUCAGGAGUUUUUUUUAAAUUAAAUUUUCUACUGUGUCUGGCAUGAUUGUUUCAUCAAUCACCAGCUAUGUAUGUUAUAGUAUUUUGAGGAUGUUUGUUUUAAAUUUACUCUUUUCCAAUUAUUAAGUUUGUUUCUAGUUGUGAGUUUAACGUAGAGUUAAAGUACAAAUGUAAUUAUUAACAAUGGUUGUGGUAUUUAACCAAUAAGUGAAUAAUUAUGUGUGUAGUUGGUAUUAUAUUUUAAGAUUGGUUAUACUACUAUGGUAUGCAUACUAAAAUCAUGUCACAGUAUGGCAAUUUAUAAUUUUACCACUUUUAUCAUACAUAGGAUAAUCAUUAGUCGUGUCAGAUGAACUAGGUGGUCAUAAAAGCAUACAAAUAAAUGAACAUAGCCAAUAUUGUAAGGUUAAAAUUGUUUGGCUGUGAACAGUCAUGUUUGAAAACCUCUACAAAUGUAUUAAACUGCAUGAUAAAUUCUUGGUAACAUCCAGUAUUAUUUUUAAUUUAAUCUAGAAAAACUUUCAGUAGCUAUGUUAUACUAAUUGUUUAAGUAUGCAAACUACUAAACCAUAUAUCUGAUGUAUUGCACCUGCAGUUUUAUUUAUGUAUAAUACGUAUAUAUGUGUGUGUGUGUGUGUGUGUGUGUCAGGUUGCCAUGUCUUGCCACAUUUUUAUACUUGUAUUCCUACUAAUCAACUUUUAUUAAAGUCAAAAUGUUUAAUUUUAUUUUAGGGUAGAUAUGUAUACGUGUAUUUAUAAUUAAAUUAAAAAAUUACAGGCUGUUAUCUUGCCACCAUGAACAUUUGUUGUGUAAUUGUUGUUGUUAUGUUUAAAAUUUCUAUCAGCAGCAUUAUUUACCAACCAAGGAUAGGCUAUAGUGUGACAGAGUAUAUUUAUAUUUACUCAGCUCUUUCCCCAGGCACAGAAAUUAACAUUAAUUUUUCAUCUUAUAUUUGGCCAUUUGAAAUUUGGACAUGCAGAACUGGACUGAAAACAAAAUAUUCAAUCAAUAACUUUAUUUACAGUGUUUAAUAGACUAAAUUUGGACAAUAUAAAUACACAGCUUUACACAGUCAAUUAAU